CUGAUAUUGAUCCAGGUUCAUCAUGACCAUUAUCGUGUUCCUAGUUGACACGAGCGCCAGUAUGAACCAGCGCGCCUACGUCAACGGGAGAAAAACCUUACUCGACGUGUCGAAAGAGGCCGUAGAGGUUUUCGUGAAACAAAGACAAAAAUCGACGGAAAGUCGAGGAGAUCGUUACAUGCUUCUAACCUUUGACGAGUUCCCUCGAAAUAUAAAGGCGGGCUGGAAGGAAAACUUAACGACCUUCAUGGCGGAACUGAAGAACCUUGAAGCCUCCGGCAUGACGACUCUCGGUUCCGCCCUGAAAGCCGUGUUCGAUACUUUGAACAUAAACAGAAUGCAGUCCGGUAUUGAUAUGUACGGUCAAGGUAGGUAUCCUUACUACCUUGAACCGGCGGUGAUAGUGGUUGUCACAGACGGCGGUAAACUGACAACCGCCAGUACGGUGCAAAGAGAAUUGAACCUGCCAAUGGGCGGAGCCGGUAUGGGCGGUAUGUCUGGAGUACCCGGAGCUGAGCUUACAAGAGAACCUUUCAGAUGGGACCAAAGACUGUACGCACUCGUUCUACGCAUGGCGGGUCAUCCACCUAUGUCCGGAUCGGCCGGUGAAUCCGGUCAUGUUGCGUCAGAUACUAGUCCUGUGGACGCAAUGUGUGAGGUGACUGGGGGACGCAGUUACGCAGUAACUUCUCAUCGUGUUCUCCAUCAGUGUAUCGAGAGUCUAGUCCAGAAGCUGCAGUCUGGUGUUGUCAUUCACUUCGAGAAGACGGGAAGUGACCCACCUCUCUUAGGGGAUGAAGAUGUCGUCGAAUGUGAGAUAAAACCUGAAAUAGAAAUUAUCAAAUCGACGAUAUUUCGCGAGUCCGGCCCCGGCUCCCGACCCCAUACUCCGAACCCUGUGAUUUCCUCGAAUACCUCCUGGCACUCCUGCCGGAAGUUAAUCUACGUCCAGCGCUCCGCUCAGAAAGGGUUUGCGGUCGGGUUCUGGCCCCUGCCGGAGUCCUUCUGGCCUGACGUGAACUCUAGUACCAUCCCGGGCCGGGCUGCCCAUCCUACACUUAAGUUUACCUGUAGCAACCAGGAACCAAUGAUCAUUGAUAAUCUUCCUUUUGAUAAAUACGAGUUGGAGCCUAGUCCUCUCACGCUCUUUAUCCUUGGGAGGAAGCAACCAAACUUCUGCUGGCAGGUUUUUAUCCAGGGUUCAACGAAACAUGGAGAUACAGGACACCCAUUCGGUUAUCUCAAGGCCAGUACGAACCUGCUGACAGUAAACCUGUUUGUCCUACCGUACAACUACCCUAUGCUGCUUCCUCUAUUAGAUGAUCUCUUUAAGCUACAUAGACUGAAACCCAGUAAUGAAUGGAGAACACAGUUCCAUAAUUACCUUCGCACAAUGCCGUCCUAUUAUGCAGGUCCUCUACGACGAGCUUUAACACGUAUGGGAGCUGGAACCCUGGCCACCUCUCUUAUACCUGAAAACCUGGACAAUAGCCUCAGCUACAGUGUACUCAACUACCUCAAGAGGUUAAAGAACCAGGCCAAGCAGGAGUACGACAGAAUAGUAUCUAUGACGCCGUACAAGGGAAAGUUUGGUCCGGACGGGAUUAAAGUGAUAGCUAGAUCUCCUCUAAAACGAGAACUACUUGAGAACACUGCUGUUCGAGAAACUCCCGCAUUUUUACGGGAUCAGCUGACUGAUUUUCCCGGAUAUAUGCUCGGACUUCCGGAGAAAUCAGCGACAGAAACCCAUCCGCUCCGCAACCCGUUUGAUAUCCCUCGAACAUCACUUUUAGAUCAGGUUGUGAGAAUGCGAGCAAAUCUUCUGUGUGGUCGAGGUGGUGUCAGCCAGCUCAUUGAUGAGGAUACGCGGCAUUCUUUACCAAUCGGUCAAAUGGGCAACUAUCAAGAUUAUCUGAAGAAACAACCAAUGCCUUUGCGUGAACUUGAAUGCGCCCCAGUUCGACAGCAUAUGUUCGGUAAUCCGUUCAAAACAAAUAAGAACUUAAUGAUGAUGACGGACGAAGUAUCCGGGUUGGGAGGAGUGGACGAGGUUCAGAUUGUAACUCCAGGUACACCACAAAGCUUACAGCAGCGAGGAUUAAAAAGACCAGCGGAGCAGGUUCUCAGUGCUCCGCCUAAGCGGCGGAAGGGACCGCUGGCAAAAGACUUUCAAUUCUCGAGUCCUGCGUCCAGUCCUGUUCAUUCUCCACAGUACUUAUCUCCUGUUCCAGACGAACCUUCUCAUGUUCCUUAUAUUGAACCCUACUCAGCUCCUGUAUCAGUUCCUCUCCUUCCCCUUCCUCCUGCUCCAGUCCUGAACGGAAUCAAGUCAAAUUAUCCUGCUGGUAAAAUGGCUUACUUCUUCAAAGAUGAGGAGGAUAAAGUUGAAGACAGUUUAACUAUUAUAGAAGAAGUAAAACCCUUAGUUGAACUAGAACCCCCUUCUCUUCACGUCUCCCCUGAACCUGCUAGUAACCAUAUCAGUAAGAAUAACAAUAAACAUGAAUUGACAAGAAAUGAAACUUCUAAACCUGUGUUGGAUCCAAUCCUCUCCAACCUGGACCUGGUUCAGGAUCCUAUACUGAAAGCCUGGCACUCCAACGGACAGGUUGAGCAUGUUUCCGUUUACAGGAAACAACAACCCGACAUCUUCCAGUCCUUCCACAAGGAACUGCCCGAACUGAAGACGGUGAAGAGUGUCGAGGAGAGGGUCGGAAUGAAGAUCAAGGAGAAGAUAAACAUCCCUGUUGUUGAUAUUCCUGAAUCUCCGAAGCCUGCUCCAACUCUGGAGGAUGAACCGACGGAGGAAGAACUCCGUAGCAUUAAACUCCGUAACAACAACGUGAGACAGUUGAUCUAUAAGGAGGUGAAGAGGCCGGGGAAGUGUCACAAUGUCCUCUGGAAGAUGUUGGAAGGUCUCUACGGUCCUCCCUGGAUUAGAAAACAGUUUAUUCUUGAAGUUAAGCAGGAGGCAGUCAGGUUUAAGAGAACUGAGUUAGCGGAGAAAUUACAAGAACGAUCCAACACUCUCCUCUAACAUACUCCAAUUCUUGAUCAAGUUCUACACAAAGUUUUUAACAUCGUCGACAGGGUUACAUUUCGGCCACGACUGAACAGACGACACGGCUGUGCUGGAUUUUUACAAGAUCCCAAAGAAAGCUUGACUCAACUCAGUGUGAUAACGGCAUUAUUCGGGGGAGAAGAAAUUAAUGUGAUAAGAAAAGCGGAAAGGCGAUACUUUCCGUUGAAAUCUGAAUAAAUUGUUAUUUAAGCUAAA